GCGCUCGUGGUUCCGGCUCUUCAUUUUCCAAGGUCUAGCAUACACAGAUCAAAACUUUUACGAUUACCGGAGGGGCUUCGACAGGGACUUCAAGAUGCGUCUCAAUAACCUUCACGAUCGAAUGGGUCAGUGGGUCGAACAUGACCCGUCGGACGGGGAUUUCCCAGGUGCUGGUGACAACAACUUGGACUACCAAUACGCACAACGUCUCGCUGCUCUUACUGUCGCACUGCAAAACUUGGGCGACCAAGCCGACGGGGAUGAAGACGGUCUAGACCUGGAUGACUUAGGAAAAUUGUUCAUCUGGAUCCUCUGGGGUCUGAUAGGACGCAGAAUGUUUGAUGGCUCGACGCGACAUUUUUGCAACAGAUUCCGCGAUCAGGUCGAAUUCCUCCUCCAGCGCUCUCAGCAAUGGCUGUCACGCAAGCUGCUCGGGCGCCGCACACCUGAGCUUGACGAUGACGACGACGAAGAUGGAAAUGCGGACAAUGAGGGUGACGACGAUGAGCAUGGGGAGUAG